AAAAGGACCUGCACGUUUCUCCUCCCUGUCUUUACCAGUGCUUUUGAGAACCAGCAGAACUUCUUAGCACAUAAAUGAACAGCUAAAACUCCUUUGCAAAUGAUGGCUGCAACUUCAGCUGAUUUACCAGCCAUUGGUCCACACAAGGAAGAAUUUUGGAGUAACCAAACCAACCUGACCAUAAAUGCCUCAGAAAGCCACAAUGAUGCCAGCUGUUCCGUGGAUGAUAAUAACUCACUGUCACUUGCUUUAAUAAUUUUUUACUCCAUUAUUUUUGUUGUUGGAUUGGUUGGAAAUAUUGUAGCCCUUUUUGCUUUCCUGGGCAUUCAUCAGAAGAGGAAUUCUAUCCAAGUUUACUUGCUAAACGUAGCUGUUGCAGACCUCCUGCUCAUCUUCUGUCUUCCCUUCCGGAUCCUCUAUCAUGCCACCAACCACUGGAUGUUCGGGCGGAUUUUUUGCAAGGUUGUGGGAACUCUGUUUUACAUGAACAUGUACAUUAGCAUAGUAUUGUUGGGACUAAUUAGUCUGGAUCGUUAUAUAAAAAUAACUAAGUCUGUGAAGCGUCCAAAGAUGCUAACCACUACCCGGAGUGUGCAGAUUUGUUGCACUGUGUGGGCGAUUGCACUGACAGGAUUUGUAGUGGUAGUUGCACCAUCUUUCUUUAAGACUGAGGACAGCAACUCUACCAAGUGCUUUCAUUACCGAAGCAAAAAGAAUGCAGAGAAGACAGAAGCAAUUUUAAAUUAUAUCACUGUACUGAUUUUUUGGAUAGUUUUUUUCCUUUUGAUACUUUCGUAUGUUAAAAUUGCCAAGAACCUUCUGAAAAUUUCGAGGCGAAGGGCAAAUUUUCCCAAUGCAGGAAAAUACACCAAGACAGCAAGAAAUUCCUUCAUUGUUCUCAUAAUUUUCACCAUCUGUUUUGUGCCUUAUCACAUGUUCCGGGUUGUCUACAUCACAUCACAGUUACAAAACCCAUCCUGUUACUGGAUGGAGAUCAUUCACACCUGCAAUGAGGUGAUGCUCAUAUUUUCAUCAUUUAACAGCUGCCUAGACCCAGUUAUGUAUUUCCUAAUGUCCAGAAGUGUCCGUAAGACUGUAUUCCAACUGAUUUGCACAAAGCUUCAUGGAGAGUCAGGCCUAAACCUGGAGAGCACUUCAGACAUAAAACUUGGCCAAUACGCUCAAGAGCGAUUAUCCACCACCACUCCUCACUCCAGCUACUCAAGGAAGAAGUCUGUGAUUUGAAUGUUGAAAUGGAUCUCUCCAGCUCACCAAUUUCAGAUCACAAAAUCCUCUACUCUACAGCUACUAAUUCUCUUUCCUCCUAUUAAAAAAAAAAGAGAAGUCGUACUUCUGGUUUGUGAAAAUGAGAAGUUACUUUUCAGAAGAAUUUUUUCGCUCUUGUUUAUCCAAGAAAACAAAUUAGGAAGUUCUCAUUUUGUGUUGGACUAAACUAGAACACUAACUCUUUAGGGACAUUUCCACAAAGGGGUUUGAACCUGUAAAAGUAAACUUGUAUAUGUACAUUAAUAUUAGUAGCUUCUGUUUGUAAAUAAUAGAUAAAUUUUGCAAAAAGGAAAUUCUGUCUGAUUUGAAAGAUGUAGAUACCAUUACAGAUUUUAUGCAUUUUAUGGUUUUCUCUGUUUUAAUAGGUUUCCAAGAGAACAGUAUUUUUGCUACAUUUAUAAAUGCAUUUUUAAAUAAAAUAUUUGAGAAUUUAGCAACGCGUGUCUCAAAAAUGAGGUGAAGAAUACAACAUCCAUCAAUUCAGUUUUAAGUACAGAAGAUACUCUUAGUUUCAUUA